AUGGCUGAACCUUCGUAUAGUGACGGCACAGACCCAGAACUGGAAAACCCAGCUGAAAUCAACACCGACCCAAAUGGCAAACUCCCGGAAGGCGUUCAGGCUCUAGUUCCAAAUCAACCUAGCUUCCGCGACUUCGACGAUCUUGCCCAGCGAUACAACAACUGGAAGUACGAUCGAAACAUCCUUUUCAAAAAAGUCAUUGACAUUUCUGCCCAAUCAGAGAAUUUCUACGACAACAGGAACAAAGAUUGA